UAGGAUGUUUUGUAACUGCCUUUAAUGUCGUGAGUUUUGAGUGGCGAUGAGCGAUACGGAGAAGAAGUUCGUUUUAAAAGGGCCGAGUUUCUGCUGUGCGAUCGAUUGCACAAACUCUUAUAAUAAAUGCCUUGGACUUUCCUUUUUCCGCUUUCCGAGAGACAAAGAAAGAUGCAGAAAAUGGAUUUUGAAUUCCGGAAGAGUGGAUCUUCUCGACAAGACUACAGAAUUUCUAUAUUCGACUUGCCGUCUGUGCGAACUCCAUUUCGAGGACACCGAAUUUGCAACCAUAGAGAGAAACAAGCUAAGCAUAACUGCCGUUCCCACCAGAUUCGGCCUUGCCACUCUGAUUCCAAGAUCGAGCGAACCUAAGAGUUUUAAGCCGAGAAGACCUAAAAUUAGAUCUAGAAAGAAAGUGAUUGGAGAGGUAAGAGAGAUUUUGAUUAUUUUACACAGGAACGUUGAAGUUUAAAUUCGAUAUUCCGAUAUGAUACGAAACAA